UGUUUGAAUGCCAAGAGCCAUAAUUUCAUCGUUCCUUUAUACCAUACCAACAUUGCUACGACUAUGUGCCCCAGCAACAAAAUGCUGGAUGGAGCUACUACGAACGACUACUAUUCCAUGCCUGUCUGUAGCGUCAACUAUGCUCAUUCUGGAUCUUAGCUUGGAGCAGAAAGCAUAUUGAAAACUGUCCCACUUUCUCUACUUCAUACUUUGGAUGGAAUACUUACGUAACCACGUAUAGAAAUACGGAGAAGACUGAAAGUGAACCUUUUUGGGAAGGCCGUUGUGAUUUGUAUUGUUGUUUGCACAUUUCCUAAACGUUGUAGAAAAAUUAUAAACCCUCGAGAAAAGAUUGGGGUUUAAACGAAUUUAGAAAAAGUGGAGUUAUAAUAAUAACUCGAGGAAUAAUAAUAAUACUCAAGUAACGCGUAAACCUUGGCGGACAAUCCGUGAUAAGGACUGACAAGUGAGUGUACAAUAACAAAUAAAGAGAACCACGUAUUGCAACAAAUUUGUUUUGGAUAAGGUGAUGAAUAAUGGAGAACCAAAUUUUUGACGCUGCAUCGCAUGGAAAGCUUUCGCUGAUUAAGGACGUCUUAGAAAAACGACCAAAGUCGGAGAGGAUUCACUUGCUGUCAAGCAAGGGUGCCGCAGGAGAAACCCCACUAAUAUUGGCAUGCCGUAAUGGACAUUAUGAUGUCGCUGAGUAUUUGAUAAAAAAUUGUGGCGCAGAUUUGGAGUUGGUGGGAUCUGUGAUUUUUGACGGGGAAACAAUUGAAGGAGUUCCGCCUCUGUGGUGUGCUGCAGCAGCAGGUAAUCUCAAGAUAGUGGAUCUCUUAGUACAAAACGGUGCAAAUGUUAACUCCACAACACGGACAAACUCCACGCCACUGAGGGCAGCUUGUUUCGACGGCAGAAGCGACGUUGUUAAGUAUCUAGUCAAAGCUGGAGCAGAUAUUGAGAUUCCAAAUCGACACGGACACACUUGUUUAAUGAUAGCUUGUUACAAGAACCAUUAUUUCAUCGCAAAGUACUUGCUGCAGCAAGGAGCAGAUAUCAACAGAAAAAGCGUCAAAGCAAAUACAGCUCUCCAUGACUGUGCAGAAUCCGGAGCGUUGGCCAUUUUGAAAUUGUUGUUAUCAAAGGGGGCCAAGUUUGAUUUAGACUCGUAUGGAAUGAGUCCUAUUUUGGCUGCUUCGGUGGCAGGAAAUGCCAACAUUGUUGAGUACCUACUGAGUGUCCCUGACUUGGUAAUGAUAAAAGAUAAGAUUGCUGCGCUUGAACUACUUGGCGCUACCUUCGUGGAUAAUAAAAAAGAUAUGACUGGCGCACUUGGGUUCUGGAGGCGAGCGAUGGAACUGAGGUAUCGAAAUGGGCAACUAAUUUACCCUAAACCUCUGAGAACGGUUCCAGUUUAUGAAGGAAGAAAAGAGGUGGACAGCUUAGAUGAAUUGGAAGAACUGAUUUCUGAUCCAGAUGAAAUGAGAAUGCAGUCCUUGAUGGUUCGUGAGCGCGUGCUUGGGCCUGCACACCCGGAUACCUCAUAUUACAUUCGGUACCGAGGAGCGGUAUUUGCUGAUGCUGGAGAAUUUAAUCGAUGCGUCGAGCUAUGGUUUUAUGCUCUUAAUAUGCAGCAGCGUAUUCUUGAACCUCUGAGUCCCCUGACCCAGGGAUCACUUCUCUCAUUUGCCGAACUAUUCUGGUUUAUGAUGGGAGAUAAGAAAAAUACGUUCUUCCCUGUGCCCGUACUCAGAUUUGAAGAUGCUUACAUGGUCUUUUGCAAAUCUGUACAAGAGAUUGAAGCUGCAAUGAAAUGUGGCGAGAACAACGUUGGAAUUGAUAAGGUCCGUGAUGCACCUGUAUUUCACCGUUUGCUCGUCAUUACACUGCAGAUUUGUUCUGUACUCCUCGCUGUGGACAAGACUCCAGAAGAAGAUUACAAAUUUAGAAAGACUGCAUAUCAUCUAGUGAAGAUGGGCGCGCGAGGAACUGGAGGCUGGUCAUUGCUUCACAUUGCUUCGUCAAAUGACUCUACAGUUGGACGUUUUUCCAUGAAAAUUUUCCCAUCGAUUAAGACUAUUGAAUUCCUAUCGAGCGUCGGAGGGGAUCUCACAGAGCGUGAUGACGAAGGCAAUACACCUCUCCAUUUAGUGGCAGAAGCAAAAUCUUGUUCGGCUGAAUUAGUUAAAUCUCUGCUCAACUGUGGUGCUCACUUAGAUGAAGUGAACAAUGCAAAAGAGACAUUUGAAACAUUAUCAAAAGAGCCGCUUCACAGUUUGGUCGAUCCGAUCCGAUACCAGAGUCUGAAAUGCUUGGCGGCGCGCGUCGUUUCACAAAAUCAAUUACAGGGAUGUUUGCCUGCAGAACUCUUGUCGUUCAUCAAGCGUCACUAAGAAAAUUUUGAUUCAGAUUCACCUUCGUUUUUAAGAUUUGAGUUGAAAUUAAGUCAAUUUUAUGCAAGCAUGCAAAUUGGGGAGAUAAGACAUAUAUCGUAUGCAUACUACCUAUCGUACAGUGUGAAAAAAGAAUAAUUGUUACCGCAAUACCACAUACAUAUUUAUGUACAUAUACACGGCGAUGCCCGAUGGCUAAUCAUCUUCUACAAUAUAUAUUUUAAACUUUGAAAUUUUUGAUUUCUGAAGUGAAUUUCUCACAUGAAAAUUCAUGACUUGAUUGGUGGCGUGGCAUGAUUGAUUUUUUGAUGAUUGAUCAUAGCGAACCCCAUCAUAACUACAUAAGUGUGAUGUGAACUCAUAAGGUGUACAAUGUAAAUAUGUAGGGAAUGUAUAUUGUACUAUUCUCGCAACCAAAUUUUGUUUUAAUUUAUUACGCUUGGUUUCAUGUUGUCAUAUUGUUGUGAGCAUUGCAAAUACAAUACUGUUUGAAUUCAGUCCCCACUACUGAUAGAUUAAAAUACGUUUGUGGUAACAAUUCUACUCAUCUUAGGUAUAAGAAAUGUGAUAACUAAACUAAUAUUCGUAAGGACACCUUACUUCGUUCGUGUUUGUUUUAGUACAAUAGUGCAGCUCAGCCAUUUCUACUAGGCUACACAUAUUUUAGGCUAUUAAAUAAGUAUAUGCGUAUUACCUUACUACAACUGAACGUCUUGAUAUUAUCACGCACGGUUAUAUAUCAGCUUUUCUCGAGUAGUUCAACCUUGUUCUUACAUUUUGUAUCAAGUCAUUUAUAAUUUUUAAUACGAUUUCUUAAGCUUUUCAAUCCGUUUUUAUCCCAGCGUCCUCCUUGUUUAAGAAGCUGUUUAUGUUCUUGGAUAAUCACUAUAAAAUCUUAAUCUGGCCCGUGGAAUAAAAUAUGUAUGUAUGAAGGGUUUACAUAAUUAAUAGUAAUCGAAUCACAGUCAUUUACGCAUCACAAAAAAUGACUUUACUUCCGUGUUGAUUGCAAACAAGUUUAUUACCGAUAUUAUAUAACCAAUAUGUGAUAAUUCCUGUGUAGAAAGAAACUUGACAAGAGACCUUGCCAUGUAAUGAAUAUUUAUUUAAAAUUUAAAUACUUAAAAUCAAUUCUUGGACAGCUUCAAAAAAAUUACUAAACCGCUUAAAAACUAAGUAUGUAAAUUAAUAGAAUUAUUAACUACUCUCAGUACAACAGAACAUUAGAGUAAUUUGAGUGACGGGGACGUACAGAUAAAAUAGAGGAAGGUAUAUUGAUGCUAAUACCUUGUGCCAGAUUGUGAACAAAAACUCUACCUGAAUGAAAUUGUAUUACGCAAAAUAAAGUCUACUGAAUGAAAAGUCAAA